GCGAACCGUCUGUGAGCCAGUUAGUAUUCGACAAAGCACAGGACCGGAAUCAAAGGCUUCCCAGUGACUUCGUGCUACAAAGGUCUGCCUGCUUCAAGACUCCAAUGGAGAAUUUUAAUCGUGACCUGAAUAAAGAUUUCCUGAAGGAGCUAGAGUGCGCGGCCUGCAUGGAGCUCAUGCUGCCACCUAUCCACUCAUGCGAGUACGGACACAACAUCUGUUCUACAUGCAAACCUACAAGGACGGUUUGUCCAUCCUGCAGAGGACCGUUUGUGAAUAUCAGAAAUUUGGCCCUGGAACGUAUGGCCAGGAACGUGAAACAACGUUGUACUUCCAGAGCGUUUGGUUGUAGUGAAAUGUGUUACCUGAAUUUCAUGACGGAUCACAAGGCUGCAUGCGCUUAUGCUCCCUAUACGUGUCCCUUUGCCAAUGAAAAGAGUUGUGACUGGGGAGAUCUUUACAGGAACUUGAAGGAACACUUGCUGGAAAAACACAGUGACUACGUAACUGAACAGAAUGAUGCUACAGAUCUUGUUAUGGAAACAGGCAUCAGAGGGUUGCAAGAGCGAAAGUUUGUCUUCGCUUAUGACGAAAUAUUUUAUACCUAUAUUUAUAUAUUACAGAACAAUUGCUGUUACUUUAGUGUCAGGUAUAUUGGAGCGCCGGAGAAUGCUUCUAAGUAUGGUUACAAGAUAUGUUUCAGCAAGUCGAAUAGUAUUGAGAACAUCGUGGUUAGCCAAGUCACUUCCAGUAUUGCUGAGGAUAUUUUUGCGCCAGGGAAAGGCAUCAUGCUUCCGUGUGAUCUGCUAAAACGGUUCAUAGUAAGUGGCAAAUUGCCGUACACGUUAGAAAUUUUUCAAGUUUAAGCAGUGAAUGCAGCUUGUCUGUCUAUCAGUAGUUUGUCCAUGUAAGUAAAGGUACUAAUGACAUUUUUACUUUGAAUCUGGUAGUUUUUUACUCGAUCACGGUAGAAACAAGAAAUUUUUAUAAGUUUUAUAUGCUUAGGACAGGAUAGCCCAGUCAAUUAUAUGAGUGGCUAUGGGGUUCGAUUCCUGGUUGAGACAGGCAUUCCUAUCUUUACCUCCACGCCCAGAGUAGCUCUAAAGAGUCUGAGUAUCCAGUUAAGAAUGCGUGGAGCUGUAUAUCCACUUCCCCUUACGUCUUCAUGGCGUGGUGCUUAAUUAAACACAUGACAAUUUUACCUCCUUACCUUCUGUUUGUAUGCAAUGAAUUAGCAAAGAAAUAAUUGUAUUGUACUGUAUAAUGAAUAGUUCAAGUGUUUGUUAACAUUUAUAUACAACAUUGCUGAAUUUGAAAUAAACACUUUU